AAAGGUUUAUAGACGAGUUCACUCAAUCAAACUCGGCCUCGAUCUCCAACUGAGCGGGCUGAAAUUUGGGGUGCGCACUACGCUUAGCGGCGUAUUAUAGCAGAAAUCCCCUCAGGUUCUGGGUCCUUCGGUUUGCACUCUCUUUAAUCUAUAUCUCCCCCUACCCACACCACACUCAUUAACGCAAUUAGCCUCGGCAGAGGAUAAAGAAUCCAAUUGAGGCCGUAUACUUCUUCGUUCUCGUUUCGUUUCAUCGAAGUCACGAUCUCGAUCUUUUCCGUGUUUGUCUCUUCAAAAUCGCAGAGAAGUGCUUGAUUUGGGUCAAAAUUCACCCAUUUUUGUAGUUUUUAGAAUCAUUUCAAGUCAAUUGAUUCUGGCGAAUUCGGAUUUAAAGUUCGUGGUAUUUGCAAUUUGAUUAAAGUUUUGAAAUUUGUGGCAGCAACAGUGUUUGACCAAUAAGCUUAUCAGCGUAAUUAAGCUGCAAUGCGGGCAUAUGAUCGAUAUGAAGCUGAAGAUUAUGAUGAGUAUGAGGAUGAAGGAGAAGAGCAAUAUGAAGAAGAUGGUGAAGAGGGAGAGGAGGAGGAAUAUGAAGAGGAAGAAGAACGAAAACCAACAGAAGAAGAAUUGAAAAUUCUUGAAUAUAGGCAAAAGCUAAAAGAACGUCACAGGAAAAAUUUAAAAAGGGAAAAUGGCUCUGAUCGGGCUAGUUCCCAAGGCAAAAAGAAUAGACUUCCAUAUGAUAAUUUUGGAUCCUUCUUUGGCCCUUCUCAGCCAGCAAUUUCUCAGAGAGUACUCCAAGAAAGCAAGUCAAUAUUAGAGACCCAGCAUUUGGCUUCCAGGCUUUCAAAUUCCCAUCGUAAUAUUGGAAAGACCUCUGCUUCAAAUAAUACAGGAUCCAAGAAUGGAGGACAUCAUCAGAUACGUAAAGUCAAUGAGGUGCAAAGGAAAGUGGAAAGGAUUAAGGUCUCAAGAGAUUACUCCUUUCUGUCUGAUGAUUCUGUUCUUCCAGCACCUAAGAAGGAGCCUACAACUCGAAAUGUCCCUGUUCCAAAUUCUGAGGCACGAUCAACUAAUGGACUGCCAAGGAGCAAACAGGCAUUGGGCAGUAGUGGCAGAAACGUUCAUGGUGCUCCAGAAAGGAAAUUAACUUCCUCCAAUGGCCAUGUGCAUUUAGCUCGUGAUGACAGGAAAUCAGUUUCUUCUAAUAGUCAAAUGCCAUUGGCUCGUGGAGAAAGAAAAAUAGUUUCUCCAAAUGGCCAAAUGCAUUCUAAAGUGGGACCUUACAGGCCAACUUCUGCAAGUAAACCUAAUUCGACACCAAUGGAUUCUAGGAGGCAGCAUAGUAGUGGCAAUGGCAUUGGUCCUGGUCGGCCAGCAGGGCCAAAACCCCAAUCUUCCAAAAUGCCUGUAGCCUCCAUGCAGAAGAGGGCUUCUGCCCCAGUUGCAAAGAAUCACUUGCCCAAUGCAAAGGUACCACCUUCAAAAAUGCUACCAUCUAUUCAGAAGAAACAUUUUGAACAGAGAAGGGGCUCUGAAGAACAAAGUAGGAGUAAAACAUUACCAAGACAAAUUGUUGCUUCGUCAAAGCCCCAGAUAAACAAGCCUUUCAAGCAAAUUUCAUCACGUGCUCAAGAUCCUUGCCCCAAGAAAAGGCCAAGUUAUUCUGAUGACGAAGAUGCAGAGGCUUUCAGUAUGCUUAGGAGUAUGUUGGGACCCCGGAAGUAUACCUCUUAUGAUGAUGAUGAUAGUGACAUGGAGGCAAAUUUUGAGGAUAUCAUGAAAGAGGAGAAAAGAAGUGCAAGAAUUGCCCGAAAAGAGGAUGAAGAACAGCUACGCCUGAUUGAGGAAGAGGAGAAGCGUGAGCGAAUGAGAAAGUUGGCAAAGAAGCGUAAGCUGAGCCAUUAGCGUUGAUUAUACGGAAAUUCAGCAAUCAGAAUCACAAACCCACAUGUCCCCUUGGCUCUUUGUACCUCCAUUCGUUGUAGUUCUGGCACUAAUUUGUACAUUUUCCUAGCCAAAUGACGGGACAUGGAAUUUAAUUUUUUCGUGUAGGAAUCCUUUGUCAAUGGUAGAUUUAAUUUGGUAUAAAUAAUAAUAAGGUUUUUGUGGGCAUCAUCUUAAGGAAUAUCACUCCUUUGUGAAGCCUAAA